CUGACCGGUACUGAAGUGAAAAAUGAGUAAAAACACGUGACAUACGUGAAGAAACGCGUAUUGACGCGCACGUAAACACGACAUGACGGCUGAAAUCAGCGAUCAGAGUAUUAGAAGAGGUAAACAAUCGCUAGAGGAAAAUUCAUUGUUGUUUAUGGACUCUCUGAGGCCGACUUGAGAGAAAUCCGAUGCCGCUCGGCAGCAAACCAAAAUGCGUCAGGUGCGGGACACAUGAGACCCCUCUAUGGCAUUCGACUGACGCUGGAAAUUUGUGCAAUGCUUGUUUGGAGGACGAACGGAAUGCUGAGGCGAGCACGUCUUCAAAGACAGACGAGGAGGACAGGAGUGGCUCGCUGAAGCCUAGAAGGAGCACGCGGAUCACGAGAUAUUGUAACACAAAGGCGAUAGGGCCACAUAGAAUUGUACCCAAGGGUAAAGGUCGCAGGAAUCUGUUUAAGAAAACGCCAGUGAAGGCACCUACAGCUACUGCGACUCCAGCCACCAGCAACUUUGUAUUUUACAAGGGCACGUAUUUUCAAGUCGGAGAUGUAGUCUCUCUACAGGAUGUAGACGGUGGUAUUUAUUAUGCUCAGAUACGUGGUUUGUUGACGGACCAGUAUUGCGAAAAGAGCGCCGCCAUUACCUGGUUAUUGCCCACCACAGCGAGUCCUCCACCAGAAGAAGGUUUCAUUCCUGAGACAUAUUUAAUUGGACCAGAAGAAGAUUUACCUCGUAAAUUAGAGUGCAUGGAAUUUGUAAUGCACGCUCCAUCGGAUUAUUUCAAGUUAAAAAACAGUCCCUAUCCACCUCCUCUCACGGAGAAAGGAGCGGGCUUCAUAUGGACGACUCUUAGAAAUGAAUUGGCCAUAUCUAAAAAGUAAUAGUAAUUCUUUAUUGAGAACAUGUAUUAGUACCCAGUUCAACACAAAGUCCAAUAAAAAAUCUGUCCCAAUUUUGGUCUUUGUGUUGUUUGGACAGUGUCGCUCUAAGCUUAAAAUAAUAAGAUCAUUUUUACACGCAAUC